AUGGACUUCAACAGCUUAUCUGAAGUUAGCAAUAGCCCCCAUGGCAAUAGUCCCCAUAGCGAUAAGGAAGACAACUGCAACGGUAACGGCACCGUUCAUGUCGAAGGUAACGACGCCAACGACAGCAACGACGGCAACAGCAGCGGCAGCCAUUCAAGCAUAGAAAUUGAUCAAUUGCCGCCACUUCCAGUGUCAGUAGACAAUAUUCAUGAAUCAAACAGCAAUACAAACGAUGCCAUGGACCUUGAUUUUAAUAAGUACACUGGCCCGCGCGACGCUACGCUUUCUCCAGAGCGAGAUCAAGGUCGUCCUACAAGUGGUGGGAAGUCAUUCACUCAUCUUGAUCCACUCAAGAUCGAUACCCACAAUCGUCGCCCAUCAAAACUCCGUAAAAUUACUCAAGAUAAUAGCGAAGAUAUUAGCGGAGCUACUACAACGAAACGUAAACACCACGAAGAAACUAGCCAGAAGAAGCCCGUUGAGAAGAAGCCGGCCAAGAACAAGCCUGCUGCGAAGGAACCCGCCAAGAAGCCUGCACGACCAGUGCCUCGUAAAGGCCCAGCCAAGCCAGAUAGUUCUACUCAAGGUCGUAAAGUCUCCCGUAGCGAUGCUGCUUCCCGAGCCCGUAAAGCUCUAGGCCAUGACAAUGACACUGAAGAUGAAGAAGACAGCUAG